AUGCCUUUAUAUUGUAGAACUUCACAGGGACUUAUUGUUGAAAUGGAAAUUGGCUCAUCAAUUCCUCCACCGGAUUCAAAAGAAAUGACUACGUCAGAGACUCCUACCAAAAUCACAGAGACCGAAUGUGAAUUCACUUAUCCCUCUCCAUUUUUUAAAUAG